AUGAGUGGUCUACCCAGUAAAGCCACAACUACACCACUAGUAGCAGAAAUAUUUGAAAAAAUAUUUGCCACACAGUUGGAGAAACAUGAUUAUGAAGAAGUGUUAGAAGAACAUGAUAAUACUUAUGAAAAGGUACCUGCGAAAUUGGAUGAAAAAAUAUAUGUUAUUGCAAAACAAGAUUCUUCAACUGAUUAUAUAAUUGGUCUACUUGAAUAUGUAUACAGAGAAGACAAUAAAUUAAUGGCACACAUAUCAUUACUUACGCAUGGUAUUCAUACUGUACUUAGCAGUACAUCAGAAGUUAAAGAACUAUUUCUUCUUAACAAGUGUAUUAAUAUUUAUUGUUAUGAUAUAAUUAAGAUAAUAAAUGUUAAGUAUAUAAAUCCAUGUGAAAAUAAGAUGCAAAGAAAUUAUCUUAAUUGUGAAAAAAGUGGUACUUGUUUUUACACGUUUAAACUGAAUGAAGAAUUUUCUAGAUUUGAAACUUUAGAUAAUUCUGAUAUUGCAUUUGAUAAAAAAAAAAUAAAACAAAAAUGUUCUAAUUGCAUAAAGGAACAUUUAAAAAUUAAAUCAAAAACUCCACAAGUCCUGGAUUUCAUUGAAGAAUACAAUGGCAUAUAUUAUUUUAAAAAUUUCAAUUUAUGCAAUGAAGAAUAUAAAAUAGGAAGUUUUGUUUAUUUACAACCUGGGUUUCAUUUAAAGGCAACAGAUGAAGAUAAAAAUAAUAUUGAACUGGAUGAAGAAUAUGAUGAUGAUGAUGAUGAUGAUGAUGAUGAUGAUGAUGAUGAUGNGUGUUUUGGUCAGAGGAUACAUUUGAUGUUAAUUGUCUUAUUAUAGUUGGAAAAUGUUAUGUAGCCAACAUUAUGAAUAUAAGGGAUCCUGUUACUUGGUCUGCUCAAGGACCAGAUAGGUUUUAUUUUAAAUAUGGAUAUAACAGUUAUACAAAAAAGAUCAUUUCAGAAUAUUCACUUUCUUGUGAUGCAAAAUUAACCGGGAAUGAAGUAGCUGUUGAAUAUAACUAUGAUUAUGUCAAUGAAAACAAAAAACAAUUUAUUCCAUUGUAUAAGAAAAUUAGUCCACUUAAAGGUAUGGACCUCUUUGCGGGUUGUGGAGGAUUCAGCAAAGGAUUAGAAAACAGUGGAUCAGUCAUGACAAAAUGGGCAGUGGAAAUAGAACAUAAUGCUGCAAAAGCAUUCAAAUUAAAUAAUACUGAUGCAAUAGUCUUUAAUGAUGAUUGUAACAAAUUAUUGAAAUUAGUUUUAUCUGGAAAAAGAACAAAUGAUAAAAAUCAAAAAAUACCAGAAAGAGGUGAAGUAGAUAUCAUAUUUGGAGGCCCCCCUUGUCAGGGAUUCAGUGGAAUGAAUAGAUUUAGUUAUACAGAAAAAUCAAUGCGUUUGAACGCAUUAAGUGCAACAUUUUUGUCUUAUAUAAAUUUUUAUAAACCAAAAUUUUUAUUAAUGGAAAAUGUCAAAAAUUAUGUAACAUAUGAUGGAGGCAACUUUCUUUCUUCCACUAUCAAAUGUCUUUUACAGAUGGGAUAUCAAAUCUCCUUUGGCAUCCUUCAAGGAGCUAAUUUCGGUAUCCCUCAAAAUAGGAGAAGAUUGAUAAUAAUGGGAGCAGCCCCUGGUGAAACUUUACCAUUUUAUCCAAAACCCAAGCAUGUAUUUCAUAAAAAAUACUCCGGUUUAGAUAUAAAAUUUGGGGAUAAAAUGUAUAAAACCAAUUGUGAGUAUGAAGAAUCUGCUCCUAUGAGAGCUGUUACAAUUUAUGAUGCAAUCAGUGAUUUGCCGAUAAUAUCCAAUGGAGCAAAUAAUGACAUUUUGGAAUAUCAAAACCAACCAAUAACAUCCUAUCAAAAAUCAAUGAGAUAUCCGAAUAAACAAUAUUCAAAUUCAAUACUUACUGAACAUAUUUGCAAAUUAAUAUCUCCCUUAAUGGAAGGGAGACUUAGUUUAUUGUUUUUUGGUCUAGACUGGCGAUACUUGCCCAAUAUACAAGUCGAGCUGUCAGAUGGCACAAUAACCCAAAUCCUUAAAUACAAUCAUUAUGACCAAAAGAAUGGGAAUAGCCCAGAUGGGGCCUUCCGUGGAGUCUGUAAUUGUGUGACAACUUGCUUGAAAGAAUGUAAAUCAAAAAAAAAACAGAAUAACACACUAAUACCCUACUCUGUCAGCCACACAGCCAAUAAUAACAACAAUUGGGCGGGUGUGGUCGGAAAAUUAAAUUUCGACGGAAUCUUCCCAACUAUUACCCAAAAUACAGAUCCUCUAGGAAAACAAGGUACUGUUUUCCACCCUGAACAAUCACGUAUUACGAGUGUCAGAGAAUGUGGUAGAGCACAAGGAUUUGAUGAUGAAUUCACAUUUUAUGGCCCUAUUAAUGCCAAGCAUUCUCAGAUCGGAAAUGCUGUGAGUCCUCUUAUGGCUAAGGCUAUAGGUGAAGAAAUUGUGAAAGCUGUAAUCAAUAAAUCUGAAAAAUAA